ACUCUAUGUGCUGUUUGCUGUCUACGGUCUGAUUCUGUGAGCUGCAGCUGACCACGCCCCCCUGCAGGAGAGGGGGGCGUGACACGGCCCCGGCACGAGUGUCAUGUUACCAUGCUUGCUGUGAUUACGAGUGGAGAAUAAACAUGUUAUCUCAGAGCAAUGCAUGUGUUCAAGCAUAUUACGAAUUUGAUCCAGAAUCUGACCCUGAAGAAGCGGAGGUUUCGGUGGAGGUGCAAACAUCUCGGUUGCAGCAGGACGUUUCUGAAUGGUGUACAUGUGCAAAUUGCGCUGCAAUGCCGUCUGAACCAGAGAAUGUGUGCUGCAUGGAGAUACCACAGGUGUCAAGACGGAUGCAGGAACUUGAGCUCUCUGUGCCUUGUAUGGUGGACCAUCCUGGUUUGGAGCCUGUGUGCCUAAAUGUGUUCUCCCUGCAGAAUGCUUUCAAUAUAUACAGAGCUGAACAUGGGAGACUACAGAUGAGGCAAAUACAGCAGCGUCACAGGUAUCUAGCCUACAGAAGCUUUGUGAGCUGGUGUUGGGGCUUCCUUGGACGCAAGAUCAGAGUAGUCAUUCCGGCCUGCGUUGUCCUCAGGAUUCACAGGGAGUUUCCUGAUCCGCAAAACAACUAUGUUGGGUUCAGACAGUCAAAUUGAACCGUGUAGCAUAACCGGCGAUGACCUCCUCCCUGUCAGGUCGCUCAUACUGGGAACACAGGUCCUCUGGGAUGGGUAUCUUCAGAAGCUCCUGUGUGAAUGGUGCAGGGUCCACAAAGACUUGGUCGAAGAUGAGGUCCAUCAAGUUGGCCACGUAGCCUGUGCAAUGUUAAAAAAAGCAAAACAAAUAUUUGGUUUAGAUUUUUAUAUGCAUGUAAAACACUGAAAGUUGUUUCUAUUUUUUUUAUUUUAUAAUUUGUUG